AUGUCUCUCGUUAAGCUUCCUUUCCUCUUCGCGGGUACAUUGGCUACCUACACAUGUUUGACACCACCACAUCCCGCUGUGCCGCACAGUGAGCGGCCCAAGGACGUCGUGCUCGCCGAACGCAUAUUCUCGGCCAUCGCGAGAGUCUACACUGGGGGCUUGAAGCUCCUCAUCUGCUCUGGCAGCGUCAUCGAAAUGGUCGUGAUUAUCGCCAACAAGUUUUCCUCGCACCCCAUCGCCCAACAGAUCCUACACAACGCCGUCCCAGGAUCAAUAUCCCUCGUCAACCGCAUCGGCCUCUCUCCCAUGUUCUUGGCGGGCUGCGGCUGCGGGGUCGUCGGCGGGUUCAUCCGCUACCAAUGCUACCGAACCCUGGGCCGCCUCUUCACAUACGAGAUCUCCAUCCGCGACAACCACCAACUGAUCACCACCGGCCCAUACGCGUGGGUGCGCCACCCGAGCUACAGCGGCGGUUUCAUAUGCUGCGUCGGGAUGGGCCUCUGCUACGCAAGCCAGGGCUCGUACCUGAAGGAGUGCGGGAUCCUGGACACCACUGCGGGAAAGGUUGCCUCAGUGCUGUACGCCGCGAUGAUCUUCUAUGGCACGGCGAGCCUGGUGGUGCGGGCGCCGCAGGAGGAUGCGAUGUUGCGGAAGGAGUUCGGCGCAGAGUGGGAUGAGUGGGCGAAGAAGGUGCCUUACCGGAUGAUACCCUACGUAUACUGA